UGAGAUUUACUCCUUUCUCCGCUCUCAUUCUCUAUCUCCUGGAAGGCGUCGUAAGAACCCCGCGACAGUCAAACAGCAACUGCCACCAUGUUCAGAAACAACUACGACAACGAUUCGGUGACAUUCUCACCACAAGGCCGCAUCUUCCAGGUCGAGUAUGCACAAGAGGCCGUGAAGCAGGGUUCAGUCGUGGUGGGUGUCGUGAGCAAAACACAUGCCGUUCUGGCCGCCAUCAAGCGAAACGCAGAAGAGCUCUCCUCAUACCAGAAGAAGAUCAUCCCCAUAGACUCGCACUACGGCGUCGCCCUCGCGGGCCUCGCAUCCGACGGCCGUGUCCUCUCCAACUUCAUGAAGCAGCAAUCGCUCGCCUCUCGCCUGACCUACGACCGCGCGAUCCCGCUCUCCGAAAUCACACUGCGGAUCGCCGACCGCGCGCAGACGAACACGCAGCAGUACGGCAAGCGACCGUACGGCGUGGGACUGCUGAUUGCAGGCGUCGACCAAAAGGGCCCGCAUCUGUUUGAGUUCCAGCCGAGCGGUGUUACGCAGGAGAUGAUUGCUUGCGGGAUCGGGGCGAGGAGUCAGAUGGCCAGGACGUAUCUGGAGAGGCAUUUGGAGGAGUUUGAGGGGGCGAGUAGAGAGGAGCUGAUCAAGCAUGCGUUGAGGGCGUUGAAGGAGUCGCUCAGCCAGGAUAAGGAGCUUACGGUCGACAACACGAGUGUAGGUGUGGCUGGCAUUGGCGAGAACUUCACCUUAUUCGAGGGUCAGGAGAUCGCCGAGUGGUUAGAUACGACGUUCGAGAACAAGGAGAAUGACGAGGAGGGUGAUGGACAAGGGGGAGAGGCGAUGGAGACCGAUUCAUGAGGGAUGACUUGUUCAUGACUGGUAUCUCCGCUUCAUGAGUAGGGUGGGCUCCCCAGAGUGCAGCUUGAAGAUCUCCGCACCUGUCCUCCGAUAUAGACAGCUGAAGGCCGGUUCUGAUGGACCGUAGGCCUGGGUCAAUCUCUGUAGUGAAGAACACAUGACGUACGGUUUCCCGGCCCGGGGAUAUGCAAUUGCAUUGUUCGCUGGGGGUUGUGUAUGAAAAUAUCCACUGCGAACUGACGGCUGCAUUCCGCCGACGCAGGACAACCCAGAAGGCAAAUCAAUGAGCCCUUCGUACAUUUCUACUAAACUGUACCCUAGCAUCACAG